AUGAGCAGCCAUCAACGACCACCGCCCAUGGGCACUACUGCACCCCCUCCUCGUCCACAAACCUCUCCGAAACCUGGCAUGAGACCACCAGCACCAGCAGUACCUGGCAUGCAACAACCCAACAACGCGAUCCCACCAAGGCCGCCCGCGUAUACACAAUCUGCAGGUACACCCAUUCGACCUGUCUAUGGCCAACCUAUGCAGCCUGUACGUCCUGCCGUUGGUGGUAGUGUUGGUAGUAGUAAUACUGUUCCUCCUCCUCGUCCUCACAUGGCACGCCCUCCACAUCCAACAACAUCCAACAUUGCUUCUCAACCUAUGAUUCCCGGGCAACCUGUUGCAACUACACAUCCAAGCCCACCAUCAGCCAAUACCUUGGUAUCGCCUAUGCAAAACAUGAAUUUGGAACAUCAACGCCCCAAUGUACCAUUACAGAAAGCGACAUCGAAGCGUGUUUAUCCAACUAUGGCAUCAGGAUCUACAACAACAACAGCCCCUGCUGUUCCUGCAGGUGCACCAUGGCCACAUGGAUUAGGUCCACAUCAACAACCUAUAUCUCCAUUGCAACAACAACAGCAACGACCUCCUCCUCCUCCUCCUCCUCCUCCUCCUCAAAGUGGACCCACGCCAUCACAUCAUAGUAGCAGUCGAUCAGCAUCUGCAGGUGUCGGCUAUACACAAGGACCAUUCACGCAUACCCAACAAAACCUUCCUCCUGAAUUACGUCCACCACAACAACCACGACCUCGUAUUGAUCCCGACCAAAUGCCUGCACCUGUACAAGUACGAGAACAAGAUCAACAGAUAUUCGGUGACAAGUUUUUUGGAACCCUUGAACGUGAUCGGGUACCCUUGGCUACAACGGAUUAUAUUGGAUUGGAUCAAGGCAACUGUAAUCCUCGCUAUAUGCGAUCAAGUAUGGAUAAGAUACCAUUUAGCAAGGAUCUGCUGGACACGUCAAAACUGCCUUUGGGGUUAGUGGUGCAACCCUUGGCAAAGCCAAAAAAGGAUGAAGUGCCUAUUCAGGUGGUGGAUCUUGGUGAAGAGGGACCAAUUCGCUGUAAUCGCUGUCGGGCUUACAUUAGUCCUUGGUGUACAUUCACACAUGGCGGAUCUCGAUUUGAAUGCAGUAUUUGCUCACAUUCCAAUGAAGUGCCAUCAUGGUAUUUCUCCAAUUUGGAUAUGUCUGGACGACGUGUGGAUAUCGAUCAAAGACCCGAGCUGCGAUAUGGCUCUGUUGAAUUUGCUGUACCUGCCGAUUACAAUUCCUCAAGAACACCAGCUCCCCUCAAUUACGUCUUUGCCAUCGACGUUUCUGCACAAGCGGUGAAAAGUGGGAUGGUACAGGCUGCAUGUAAUGCCAUUAGGCACGCUUUAUAUGGCUCGAGUACUUCCAAACUUGCAGCAGGCAACAAAAUUGGAUUACUUACCUUUGACCGGUCCGUGCAUUUUUACAAUUUGGCGGCUGGUCUAUCACAAGCUCAAAUGCUGGUCGUGGCGGAUAUUCAUGAGAUGUUUAUACCCUUGGAACACGGAUUCCUCGUGGAUCCCUUUGAAUCUCAGGAUAUUAUUACGGAUCUUCUCGAUAGCAUACCCCAUUUGUUCAAGAACGCAGCACGACCCGAGGCUGCUUUUGUGUCAGCGGUACAAGGUGGUCUAAUGGCUUUGACAAACAAUGGUGGUAAUCUCUUUGUGUUCCAAUCGGUGCUCCCCAAUCAUGGUCUUGGUGUGCUCCCUUCACGUGAUGACAAGAUGCUGUACAACACGGACAAGGAAAAGCAGCUACUGAAUCCUCAAAACGACACUUACAAGGAGCUUGCGAAUGAAUGUGUCAAGAGUGCUGUUUGUGUGCAUACAUGGCUCUUCCCAGCACACUACAUUGACGUGGCCACGCUGGGUGUCAUUUCGAGUCUCACGGGGGGUGAUGUACGAUACUAUCCAAACUUUUCUCCAAGUGAAGCAGGCAAGGUAACCUACCAACUGGAUCAUGAUUUGCACCGUGAAGCUGGUUUUGAUGGUGUGCUUCGUAUUCGAUGCUCGGAUGGUUUACAAGUGGUGGAUCAUUAUGGCAAUUGCCACAUGAGUACAUAUACGGAUAUGGAUUUGGCGGGUAUCGAUCAAGACAAGGCCAUGGCAGCUGUUCUCAAGCAUGAUAGCAAACUUGACGUCAAUCGCAAUGUUUGCUUCCAGAUGGCAUUGCUAUAUACUACCAAAGCAGGCCAACGACGGGUGCGCGUGCAUAAUCUCAGCCUCCCUGUAUCGGGUCAAAUCGCAGAGGUGUUUAGGAGCGGGGAUGAGGAUACCACUGUGAGCAUCUUGCUUCGAAAAGCCAUCUUUGAUAUGCAGCAUAAGAGCAGGAAAGCUGUGCAUGAAAAGAUAACCGAAGAAAGUGUGGCUAUUUUGACGGCCUAUCGUACCAAUUGUGCCGCGACGACAUCAGCUGGUCAGCUUAUCCUUCCAGAGGCUUUCAAAUUGUUGCCGGUGUACAUGCAUGCAUCCAUGCGAUCACAAGCUUUGCGAGGAGUGGGCGUGGAUACCAAUACGGAUGCCAGGGUCAGCUCGAUGAAGCUUUUGAACAGCAUGGGUGUAGCUGAUUUGGUCACCACGCUUUAUCCACGACUUUAUUCUGUUAGCGACAUGAAGGAUGAUGAAGGUAUCAGUAAUCUCCGAGGAGAAGUGAAAUUGCCACCCAUGGUACGAACAUCUUAUGACCGGUUGAAUCCUACGGGUGCCUAUCUACUUGACACUGGAUCGGAUCUAUACUUUUGGUUGGGUAGCAGGGUGCCUUCAGAUUUUUUACAAAAUGUGUUUGGCGUAUCAAGCCUACAGCAAGUGGACGUGAAUAUGAAAAACUUGCCAGUGCUUGACAAUCCAUUAUCCGAACGUAUCCAGGACAUUUCACGGCAACUGCAAUUGCAACGACCACGCUAUUUACAGCUGCGAAUAGUGCGUCAAGACAUGGAUGCCAUUGAAUUUGUGUUUUCUACAUGGAUGGCUGAGGAUCGUAAUGCCGAAGUACAGACCUAUGUCGAUUAUAUGUGUGUUCUUCAUCGGAAGAUCCAAGAGGAGAUGAAAAAGCAUAGCAACUAUUGA